AUGUCGGCUCUCCGAACCACCUCGGCGCACGCCGCCGCCGCCUCCGCCGCUGCCAACCCUGAACCGGAACGUAGCCCUCGCAGAAAGAUGUCCACCGACCUCAUGAGGAUCAAAAACUUUCCUUCCAGCCUUUCGCUGCGCAAGCCAGCCGAUCCAAAUACCCCACCGCGCUCCGAUCCGGCCGCAUCCACCGGCACCGGCACCGGCACCGGCACCUUCUCUCGCCUCCGCGCUUUGGGCCAGUCUCAAGCAUCGGACGGCAAGUCCUCGCGUCGCACGUCCAGGCUCUUCGAUGCGUUCAAGUCGUCCAAGAAGCCACCGCCGUCCUUCGAAGUGGUUCGCAAACCGCCCAACCGCAGCACAACCUCCUUCCACUCGUCGCUCCAGUCCUCCACCCAGGACGCCGUCUACCGAUCCCAGAGUCGCCUUUCCACCCAAGACUCGCCCCAGGUCCUCGAAGCGCCUCCCAGGAUAUCCCUCUCGGCACCUACGCCCGACCCCUCCAUGCCAUCUUUCGCGCCUCCCACUUCGCCCUCGGUCCCCAACAACCUCGGCUCCCGUCCCCAAUAUCCUCCCUCCACCACCAGGACGCGCAGGCUCAGCAGCAACCUCGCCGCCGCCACGACCAACAACACCCGCAGAACGUCAGAUCCGCACACCAUCUCGCGCACGCAUUCACCCGCCCCCAGCACCAACCUCGACGCCGCCACGAGCGGCACUUUUAGCCUGCACUCCUUCCGCAACGUCCGCUCCGCCAGCGACGUCUCCCACGCCGACGACCCCAGCGCCAGCGCUCCCAGUGCAGGAGCCCACUCCAGAGUCCACAGCAUCAUCUCGGUCGACGAAUACGUAACCCCGGGCGAGGAGCUUCCAGAGCCGCGCUUCCUCGACGAACACACCUCCCGCGCCAAGUCGCCCGACAUCAACCGCGCACAGUCCACCAGUCCCGUCGCCAACGCAAAGCCCGCCAGCAUCUCGGCCGCCAAGUUCCGCCAGGCCGCACGCCAGCGCAGCGAAAGCGGCACCAUCCCCACGCUCGACAACAUCCACGCUGGCCGCCCGCCUCGAUCCCGCACGCCGUCGCAGGACCUCGCCGCCAUGGAAGCCGUGCUUGCGCAGACCAACCAGCGCUCCGUCCGGCCCGCCGAUCCCGACCGACGCAGGAGCACAGGCCCCACCUCCGUCUCCUCGCCCGUGCUCGCAUCCGCUGCGGAGGACAACCACCAGCGCCGAAAGCGCGGCUUCUUCAUCGUCCUGUCGGCCGUGCGGGUCGCUGCAGCCGGGACGCUGUCGGGUCUGUUUGGCGGCUCCAAUUCGGCGCUCGACCAGCAAAAUGGCGCUGGCAGCGGCGAUAGGGGCGUGGUGGAGGACGGGCCGUCGCCGGCGAAUGGGCUGCGCGGACAGGGCUUCGACUCGGCGCGCUUGCUGGGCAAGCAUGUGGAUGCAAACGGGCGCAGACGCACGCUCAUCGAUGUGAUUGGCGAGAUCGAGAAUGCGCCGGCACCUGCGUGGCCCGAGCAUCGGCGUUCAGUGUCGGCCGCUGCGGAAGCUCCUGCUGACGGUGUGGCGGGGGGAAGCGUCAUGGCGCCUCCACGCGUGCGACGCAGCACUGACCAAGGGCGCGGUGGGCAGCUCGCGCCCGACGCAGCCGCGCGUGCAGCCUCACUGAGCGUCCAGCCCGCCAAGCCGGGGACGAGUUCGCCCGCGCUGAGUGCGGACCAAGGCUUACCGUCACCCACGAGUCCGUCGGGCGUGUGGCCGGCGCUGCGCACGGCGUCGCCGGGGAUGACGAGUUCGUCGCGCAGCUCCAUGGCGAGUCCCGUCGCGCGGCCUGCUAGUGCCUCGCCUGCGGAGAGGGGUGCAGAGGGCCAGUUGAGUGCGCAGCAACUGUCGCAGCUCAACGUGCAGCAGGGACAGGCGGAGAUGCACGAGCAGUACAUGCGCAACUACAUGGCCAUGAUGGCGAACCCCAUGCUGGCGCACCAGGCGCACGUCAUGGCGAUGCACCGCCAGCAGCAGCAGCACUACUACGGGCGAGCGGCGAGCGUGGGUGGCAGCCAUCUGGGCGCGGGUGCCAAUGGAAACAGUGUGCAGGGAGGUGCACCCUUGGCGGCGUUCAUGCAACCGGGCGUGCCGAAUGCGGGGGGCACGAGGGAGAGGAGAGCGCACUCGCGCACUCCCUCGACCAGCGAGCUGGAUGCCGCUGCACAGAUGGCCAGCUUUGCGCCGUAUGCGUACCCGAUGUAUGCACAGCAAGCAUUCUAUCCGCCUGGCUUCGCAGGUUGGGGGGGAGGUUACGCUAGACCGGGCUAUGCGACUACACGGUCGGAAAUCGCCACGCCCUCAUCGGCGAGGUUGCGCUCGCAAAAGAGCGAUCAAGCCCUACGACCGCAAUGA